AUGAUGGGCCAUUGUCCCAUGCUCGUGCUUAGCCAGAACACAAAGCGUGAAUCUGGAAGAAAAGUUAAAUCUGGAAACAUCAGUGCCACCAAGAAUAUUAUUCAAGUUCUGCAUCCAGCAGCCAAGUCCAUGGUUGAAAUUAGUUGGACACAGGAUGAAGAGGUUGGGGAUGGGACCACAUCAGUAAUUAUUCUUGUAGGGGAGAUGCUCUCUGUGGCUGAGCACUUCCUAGAGCAGCAGAUGCACCCAACAUUGGUGAUCAGUGCUUACCGAAAGGCAUUGGAUGACAUGAUCAGCACCCUUAAGAAAAUCGGUACUCCCAUUGACACCAAUAUCCGAGAUAUGAUGCUGAACAUUAUCAACAGCUCCAUUACUGCCAAAGCAAUCAGUCGGUGGUCCUCUUUGGCUUGCAACAUUGCCCUGGAUGCUGUCAAAACUGUACAGUUUGAAGAGAAUGGUCGGAAGGAGAUUGACAUCAAGAAAUAUGCAAGGAUGGAAAAGAUACCUGGGGGUAUUAUUGAAGACUCAUGUGUCUUAUGUGGAGUCAUGAUUAACAAAGAUGUGAGCCAUCCACAAAUGUGGCGCUAUAUCAAGAACCCUUACAUUAUGCUGCUGGAUUCUUCUCUGGAAUACAAGAAAGGAGAAAGCCAGGUUGACACUGAGAUCAUACGAGAGGAAGACUUCACUCGAAUCCUCCAAAUGGAAGAAGAAUACAUCCCACAGCUCUGUGAGGAAAUUAUCCAUAUAAAGCCUGAUGUGGUCAUCACUGAAAAGGGCAUCUCAGAUUUAGCUCAGCACUACCUCAUGAGGGCAAAUAUCACAGCCAUCCAUAGAGUCCAGAAGACAGACAAUAAUCGCAUUACCAGAGCCUGUGGAGCCCAGAUAGUCAGCUGGCCAGAGGAACUGAGAGAGGGUGGUGUUGGGAUAGGAGCAGGCCUGGUGGAAAUCAAGAAAAUUGGAGAUGAGUACUUUACAUUUAUCACUGAGUGUAAAGACCCCAAGGCCUGUACCAUUCUCCUUCUGUGGGCCAGCAAAGAGAUUCUCUCAGAAGUUGAAUGCAACCUCCAGGAUGCCAUGCAGGUGUGCCAUAACAUUCUCCUGGACCCUCAGCUGGUGCCAGGGGGUGGGGCCUGUGAGAUGGCCAUGGCCCAUGCCUUGAGAGAAAAAUCCAAGGCCAUGACUGGUGUGGAACAAUACAGGGCUGUUGUCCAGGCCUUACAGGUCAUCCCUCGCACUCUUAUCCAGAACUGUGGUGCCAGCACCAUUCAUCUACUUACCUCCCUUUGGGCUAAGCAUACCCAGGAGAACUGUGAGACCUGGGGUAUAAAUGGUGAAACAGGUACUUUGGUGGACAUGAAAGAACUGGGCACCUGGGAGCCAUUGGCUGUGAAACUGCAAACAUAUAAGGCAGCAGUGGAAACUGCAAUUCUGCUGCUGUGGAUUGAUGACAUCGUCUCAAUCCACAAAAAGAGGGGCGAUUACCAGGGCUGGCAACGUGGGGCUCCUGAUGCUGGCCAGGAGUGA